UGGUUACUUUCUUGCUUGUUGCGUCAUCACACAAUCAAUAGCUGGUAACUUUUUAUCCUUGCCAUUGUUUUUCUUUUUUCCCCUCCGUUGACGACCUUUUUCCUUUUUCCUUUCCCCCCCCCCUCGAAUUUAAAUGCUGUUUUACAAUCUUGCUACAUACUCGCCAAUUCUCACUGGCGGAAAACAACUCAUCACAACCCUCUCUCUGGCCACUUCACUGUUGCUCUCCCGCACCAUGUCUUCAACCACGGCCGGCGCCGCCACCGCCAGCACUUUGGGCCCGAGCAUCAGCCAGCGCCUGGCUGACUACAAGACCACGGAGCUUCGCGCCGACCUCUCGCAUCUGACAGACGGCGACAAGCGCGCGUUAGUCAAGCUGGCUGACACUUCGGAUUUGCUCACCAACGUGUACUACCAGCAGAUCUGGGCCAACGCGCCCGCACUGCGCAAGCAGCUGCAGUCGGACGCGCCAAAGAACCAGACAGCCCUCCAGGAGCUCCGGCUCUUUGAACUGCUGCGCGGGCCGUGGGACCGCAGCCGCGACAACGAGCCCUUUAUUGCCACGGUUGGCAGCAAGCCCAAGGGCGCCAACGAGGACGGGCAAUUGGCGCUGGUCACGUACGCCGAUGCCUACGCCAAGUACCUUGUACCGGCCUCCGCGCUGAUGCGCGAGGCGGCGGAUCUUGUGAGCGACAAGAGCUUUGCGCAGUUCCUGCGCUUGCGCAGCCAGUCAUUCGUCAGCAACAAGUACUUGGAUUCUGAAGUCGCCUGGCUCAAGAUCAACCACUCGAGCCCGCUGGAGGCCGCCAUCGGGCCCUACGAGACCUAUGAGGAUGAGCUUUUCUCGUACAAGGCGUUCUACGAGUCCAUCCUGGGCGUACGCGAUUUUGCUGCGACCAGCCUCUUGGAGAAAUUCACUGCCAGCCUGCAGCUAGUCGAGGACAACCUGCCUAUUCCCGCGCAGUACCGCAACCCAUCACUGGUGCCGCCACCCAUUGUGGUUAUCAACCAGGUGUACAACGGUGGCGACACGUCGGCGCCCCUGGUGGCCGCGUUCAACCUGCCCAAUGACGAGGACGCCAUUGCGAGAGCUGGGUCGAAGCUGACGAUGAUCAAGAACGUUCAGCAGGCCAAAUUCCACAGUGUGUUGCAGCCGAUCGCGCAGCUGAUCCUGCCGCAAGCAGACCUUAUUGACGUGACAUUCGAUGCAUUUUUCGGCCACGUUCUUUACCACGAGCGCGGGCCCGCACACAGUGCUGGGCUCCCCUGGGACACAGUGCGCAGUCAUUUACAAGACCUGCACUCGGCGUUCGAGGAGGCCAAGGCUGAUAUCACGGGCCUUUUUGCUGCCAAGCUGCUCAUUGACCGGGGUAUUAUCGAUGAUAUCACGCUGAAGCAGUUCUACACGACGUAUCUAGCCUCGUCAUUCAGAUCUAUCCGCUUCGGGCUGGCUGAGGCGCACGGAUUGGGCCAGGCCAUGCAGAUGGGGUACCUGAUGGCGAAGGGCGCCUUUGUGCAUAGUGCUGGCAGGUUCGAGGUUGAUGUUGGUCGGAUGGUGGGCGCUGUCGAGGCACUGACUAAAGAAAUAAUGCUUAUUCAGGGCGACGGCAGCAAGGAAAGGGCCGUGCUGUUUAAGGAGGAGUAUGGCGUACUGGCGCCCGAGGUUAAGGCUGCCCUGGAGAGGAUGAAGAGUUUGCCGGUGGAUGUCGAGCCAGUGUGGAAGGACAUGGAGGAGCUGCGCAAAAAGUACAAGUGAAAAAUAAUUUUUUAUUU